AUGGACACACUCGUUGCCCAAUACACUCAGUCUCCCUUCACCAACGAAGGUUUCACAUCAGAAGACCAUAAUGACUAUUGCGAAACGCUACCUCCUCUUUCCCUUAAAUUCGCCCUGCCGCCCGUACCGCGUCCUUCUGCCUUUCUGCGAGCAGCGACCGAUGAUUACUCGAAUCCGAAUUGCCCGAUCAAGAUUGCCCACGGUACCACCACCUUAGCUUUCCGGUUCAAAGGAGGAAUCAUCGUCGCAACGGACUCAAGAGCCACCGCUGGAAACUGGAUUGCUUCGCAGACAGUCAAGAAGGUCAUUGAGAUUAAUCCGAUGUUGCUGGGUACUAUGGCCGGUGGAGCUGCGGACUGCCAAUACUGGCUUGCUUACCUCGGUGUCCAAUGUCGCUUACACGAACUUCACCACAAGCGCCGCAUCUCCGUCGCCGCAGCCUCCAAGAUUCUAGCAAACCUAGUGUAUUCUUACAAAGGAAUGGGAUUAUCUAUGGGAACUAUGAUUACGGGAGUGACACCGCAAGAGGGGCCUGCGCUCUACUAUAUUGACUCGGAUGGCACGCGGUUGUCGGGCAAUCUCUUCUGUGUUGGAUCAGGUCAAACUUUCGCUUAUGGUGUUCUGGAUGCUCUCUACAAAUACGACCUGGAAGAUGACGAGGCUUUGGAGCUGGGCAGAAGGAGUAUUUUGGCGGCUACCCACCGAGAUGCCUAUUCAGGUGGUUACAUCAAUCUUUACCACGUCAAGGAGGAUGGUUGGGUCAAGCAUGGCUUCUCCGACACGAACCCUAUUUUCUGGGAGACUAAACUGCAGAAGGGCGAGUUUUCCAACGUCACCAGCGAGUUGAUCUGA